AUGACGGAUGGAAUGAUCGAUGAGCCCCAUGUUCACAGUUUUGCCAACGCGCUUCCGGGAGCUGGUGUGCACGGCACAGCCUGUGUCAUUGUCCUUUUCGGGUCUGCUACUCAUUCUCCAUUUUCAUGCAAUGUUUCCGUGGGCAUCUCUGUUUUCGCCGUCGCUCCGCAUUGCAUAUUCCUUUUCCACGACGUAAGAAGUGAAAAGGUUUAUGUUUUCCAGGCAAAAGGUUGCUUCGCGACGCUACUGCCAAAAGACAAACGAUUUGCAGCUUUUGGGGAGUGGACGCGAUGGACUGACUUGGUCAGAAUUGACUAUAAAGAUCUGGCACGGGUCAGGGUACCAGCUGCCACCAAACUAUCCCAAGACUCAGUGCUACUUCCGGAUGGACGGAAAUUCGACAUGAACAGCAUUUACAACAAUAAUAUGUCAGAUGCGGAUAAAAUGGACUUACUUUCCGACUACACGGCUCUGGAUGUUAUCAUUCUGGCCGCGAAAACUCGGGGAAGAGACACAGAGGUAAAAUCGUGGAUCUCCAAUGCUCGCACUGCGAGAGAAUCCCAAAGCCUCAUGUUUCUGCGACGUGAGGAUUCGGGCGGACAAGCGAGAUUUUACCUCUUAUCCAUCCUGGAACAUGCAGUUCGCAAAAGUAUCGUCGCAGAUCAACCCGAGCUCAUGUGGCAGAAUAUCCGAACAUCAUCUGACUCUAUAAAUGGUCUGAAAUUCAACCUUCAUGACCAACAUGCCAAGAACUGGCACGCAUUUGAAAAACAACUCAACUCAGAAUCAGAUCUGUCGACAAAAAUGUAUCGGGUUUUUGACGAUGUGAUUACCACCAUGAAUACAUACAAGGAAUGUGGGACGAGUUCUCCUGCAAUGCUGAUGCCCAUGACGUCCCCUCCAGUAGGGCAUGCUAGAGACCAGAGGAUGAGUCCUUUGCAUAGUCCAAAUAAUCAGAGACAUGUUCCCUAUAUGUCGAGGAGCAGAGCACAGAUAUCAUCAGCAGCGCAAGAUCUUCUGUUUCUUCAUGAAUUCAAAGGCAGAAGACAAUUCCACGGCAGCUCUUACCUGAGAGAAGCAAAUUACAGUACUUGCUACGUAUGCGGACAAGAAGAUGUCAUCCAGACACUCCUACUGCAGAAGUACCGAGGAGACGAGGAAACCCCCAACUUCCCAAAAAAAGCACAGUCACGCCAAACAUAA